AUGCCCCGUGUCCUCAGCGCAUCAAUGCUGACGGAGGACCAGGCCAAGUCGGGCCGCAAUAACUCACUUGUCAAACACUGUGAGGGCUUGUCCAAUUCCUGUCACGCAGCAAGCACCAACGUUGAAUACGCCUUGCCCUCCUCCCGUCCGGCAGCAAUCAUCUCGCAGGACCAGCGCGGUGGCACUAUUCACUAUGGAUGCGGCAACUCUUCUCCAGCAAUCCGGCCACAAGCGAGCAUUGAACAUGUCCCGAACACGGGUACCCCUGCGAGUACUUGCAUGUCCAUCGGUCGGUCGAGUGGAUGGCCCGAUCAGGUUGCAUGGGGCUCAAUGCCAUCAACCACAGCGCUAGACUUGAGACGAGCACUACCAUCAAUUGACUGGGUGUUGGACUGGUCUCAAGGCGAGUACCUGACACAAAGUGACGCUGGUGAAUUCUUACAUCCACCUUGCCCUGUGCAGGGACCGGGAGUGUUAUCGUUUCAAAGCGAGCCUGGAAGGCCCCAGAACCCCCGAAACAGCGUUGACAUGGACUUCUGCGAUGAGUGGCCACAACGAGCCUCUUGUGUCUCAGCUACAGGAGGCGGCUUUGGUCCUGAAGAGCAGGGACCGCCAAGAUUCCCACCUUUCUUAACCGGGCUCCAUAAUAUAUUAGAGCCGGAGUCGCAAGACUCCGCCUUUGAACGACCGUUGGAGGGGCCAGUCUCUCCACCACCAACGGAGCUCUGCCCCAUGCCAAACCGGAUAGAGCUGGAUAUGAUGACCACUCCACACGAGCACUUCCCCUUGUUUGACACCGGCGCAGACAACGUGGAGUAUGAGCAAUUUUCGCAAUGGUUACAAAGGUCGGUAGAAUACCGCAACAAUACCCAAGCAUUGAACUGA